AUGGCUAAACCUGAGUCCGUGCCACGUAACAUAAGAGAAAGUACAAGGUUUUAUCCUUACUUUAAGGAUUGCGUCGGAGCUAUAGAUGGCACACAUAUUCCAGCAACGGUAGUUGGACGUGAGGUUAGCAGAUAUCGAAAUCGCCAUGGGAAGAUAUCACAAAAUGUAUUAGCAGCUUGUAACCUUGAUUUACAGUUCAUAUAUGUAAUUAGUGGAUGGGAGGGUUCCGCUCAUGAUUCAAAAGUGUUGAAUGAUGCGAUUUCUAGACGAAAUGGACUCAAAGUGCCACCAGAGAGAGAGGAUGCACAAGAUCCGAUAGACAAUCACGAAGAUAAUUUUGAAUGGGAUGAUUUUCAAACCCAAGAUCAGCAGAGAGAAAAUGCUAAUGAAUGGAGAAUGAGUAUUGCUACUCAUAUGUGGACAGAUGGCCAACCAAAUGCCAACAAUGAAAACAAUAACAAUGAAGAAAGUGAAAAUGAAGGAGAAGGAUAA